UCCGUGACUCACCUGUGCACACCUGUGCGCAUGCGCGGUUGUUGAUUUACCUGCAUGUUUGAAGUGUUGCGGAAAGGAAUUCCCGUCUGAGGUGGGGCUUCUUUGAACUGUAACGACAGACACAACUUUUCCAUACGUUACACAAUCUUUAAGCAAGCAUGACUACCCCAACGCCCGGAGACAAUGCGGAGAUCUACCGCACGACAUCGAAGCAGGUGCUUGUGACCCGUGACCCGGUCUUCUCCCACCCAGCAAUCUAUCAGGGUCACUUCAUCGGCCCUAAGCCCCACUCCUACAUGCCGCUUGCCGUGGUUGUGACCAUCCUCAACCCCCUCAUUGGGCCCUUCGCCAUCUUCUUUGCAUACAUGUCAAUCCGAGCUUAUGGACAAGGUGACCUGAAGUACUCCAACAAGUGGUCCCAGUACGCCUUCAUGAUGGGGAUGAUAACGAUAGUGGCGUCCGUCCUCAUAUACAUCACCAUCGGUUUCGCACUCAGUCCUAUGGGCAUAAGGGGAAGCUACUCUCUGUGAUUGCUGGAUGGAGCGUGAACAGUGUGUAUAUAUUGACAAAGACAACAUAUUGACGAAAUUUAUAUUUUGCUGUAGAUAUUGGCUGAAGAAAGUUUCAGGAAUCUUGUGACAGUGUAAGAUUGUAGUAAUUUUAUUAAGAUACUUGGAAGUAAUUAUCAAAUAUAAAAUUAAGAAUUUGAAUGGUGCUCAUUUUAACAUGACUUGUGGGGAUCUAUUUGAUUAAGUUUGGGGUCAAAUAGAAUGGUUACAGUGAUAUCAAGUGAUAAUGUGGGAAGGCUAGACAAAGCUUGUUUCGACCUGUUAGUUGGUCACAAUUUGAACAUUUGAGGUGUUUCUGGAUGUAGCAAAGGAAAUGUGUACAUCUUAAAAGUUCUCGUAGUUUUAAUGUCAGUCAUGAAUUGAGUGUUACCAUGGUUACUGCAAUAUAUUUUUUAAUCAAAAUGUAAAAGCAAAAGGAUCAGUAUGUUCAAUAUUGUCAAUUGCCUGUUUGCUUAGUAUUCUUAAAACAUGUUUCCUGAAAACUCUGAUUAUGGACUGUUUUCUUUGGUCAGAAGGCCAAGAUGCAGGGAACAAAUAAGUAAGAAAAUGUCAGUAUCCUUAAAAUGCUCUUGAAGUUUAGGCACGAACGAUAUAGCUUCAUUCAAACACAGCAUAAUUUUACUCUGCCAAAUUUGACAGAUUCAUGUCUAAAACAAGGAGAUGCUUUGGUCCACACCUGGCCCAUGGUAGAAUUAAUUAUUAUACUUUGUAUUAUUUUAUUUUUUAUCAACAUGUAUUGUGUAGUUUUCUUAUUGACAACAUGUUCACAUGACUGAUCACCAGAAAGUAUCUUUCCUAUAGUUGGUAUGGCUAGCUUGAGAUUGGAGCCUCUCAAUCAUUAAAUGACCUUGCCAAACUCCAGAUUGUCAUGACAUUUUGCAUACCCCUCCAGCAGUUUAAUACAGAAUUGCAUGCAUAUUUAUCAUGUUCAUUAGCGAAAAUGUUAAACACAGUAUUGUACAUUAACAACUUUUAUAUUUUAUGUAUUUCAUCAAUACAUUUUAUUUGCCAUGUUUACAUUUAGUAAUAGUUUUUUGUAAGCCAAUAUGAAGUUUUACACAGUGCUUUUUAUUUCCAUGUGUUGAUAUAAUCUUCGUUAUCAUUAUCAUAUACCACAUUUGUCCUCUAUCAUACGAUGUGUCACAUUAUAAUGUAUACCUUUUCUUUUUGAAAACUUAAAAAUAAUUAAGUAAGCAAUAUUCAUGAUAUUUGUGAGUGUUAUUGGAAGAUAAUUUCUUCUAACCAUGGUAACUAACAGCUUUUUAGUGGUUUCCCUAAGAUUUGAAAGUUGACUGAAGCAUCCUCAGAAAAGUCUUAUGAGAUCUGUGAUAAGCUUCCUUGAUGUAUUAACUGUCCAAGGCACAGUUACACUGUUUCUUUUUUCCGGUAAUUGAAAGUAAUUUACCGGUUAAAUAGGUCAUGCUCCCUAUCAGACCAAUUGCAUGUACAGGUAUUGUUAAGUGCUGCUGUUGCAGUGAACCGCUAAGUGUUUUACUGAGCGGUGCCACUGAGU